UAUACUUUUUUUAAAUUUAGUAUGAAAUGUACACGAUUGAGAGGAAUGCUGAGAGGACUGCUUCAGCUGGCCGCCUCCUAUAUGACAUGUUUGUGAACUUUACUGACCAGCCUAUGGUCUGGAGGGAAAUAAGUGUAAUUACUGGAGCAUUGCGUAAUGAUUCUCAGGACAAACAGACACAGUUUUUACGAGGACUGUUUGAGACUCUGCCUGGUCGAAUACAAUGCGAAAUGCUUCUUAAGGCCACAGAACAGUGCUUCAAUACACUGGAAAGAGCGGAAAUGUUGCUGCUUCUCUUGAGACGGUUUCCAGAAUCUGUUGUCCAACAUGGGGUCAGUCUUGGUGAGACUUUAUUGGAAGCUGAAAACAUCGAAGAUCAAGAAUCACCUGUCAAUUGUUUUAGGAAGUUAUUUGUGUGUGAUGUCCUACCUUUGAUUAUCAACAACCUUGAUGUGAGGUUACCUGCUAACCUGUUGUAUCAGUAUCUCCACAAAGCUGCUGAAUUUUAUAUAAGUUACAUUACCAGGUCUCCUUCAUUGGAAAACCAGCAUCAAGGUUCUCAAGAUACAGCUGAAAUCAAGUCACCCACAAAGCGGAGCUCUCAAAAAUACAUCAUAGAAGGGCUAACUGAGAAGUCAUCACAGAUUGUGGAACCAUGGGACAGGCUGUUUGAAAUCCUCUCUAUUGUAGCAAUGCGAUGUGAGUGGCAGAUGGACAAAGGAAACAGGACCUGUGCAGAAAUUCUACAUCGAAUGAAAGAUUUAUGUAGAUACAUCAACAGCUUUGAUGAAGAAAACCACAGGAAGUAUAAGAAUCAAGUAGUUUACUCUACAAUGCUGGUUUUCUUCAAGAACGCAUUCUAUUAUGUCAGCAAUAUCCAGCCAUCUCUAUUUCAAGCGUCCAGCCCUUCCAACAACCAACCUCCUCUUAUUCUACUGGAUGACUUGUCAAAUAUCUACGGUGAUGUUGAGAUCGAUCGGAGCAAACACAUUCACAAGCGGCGAAAGCUUGCAGACGGAAGGGAAAAAACACAGAGCUCAGAUGACGAAGAAUGUUCUGGAAAGGGCCGUAACCGUCACAUUGUGAUGAAUAAGAGUGAUUUACCAAACUCAAUCGAUGUGCUUGAGAGCUUUAAGACUGCAAGGGAAAGUUGGGAGUUGCUUCAUUCCCUGGAGGCCUUAGAGAAAGAAUUUAUUCGAAUCUGUAUGUCAUGGAAGACUGAAAUGUGGCUAUGGCUGAGAAUAUUCAUAACCGACAUGAUUAUAUACCAGGGCCAAUACAGAAAAGCAAUAAAUAGUCUUCAUCAGUUAGCUGUGCUUCAAGGAGCCCAACAGCAUGCCCUGAGUCAGGCUACUCUUGACCAGCAGAGGGCGCUAAUCCAAAUGGCUGCCUGUCACUUUGCACUCGGAGAAUACAGGAUGACGUGUGAUAAAGUGUUGGAUGUUAUGUGUACUGUUGUGCCAUGUCUCCAAGAAACGGGCAAAUCACAGGAAGAAAUCCCAAAAGCAAAAUCUAAAUUCAGGAGAGGUACGGAUCUUAAACUAUUGCCCUGCACCAGCAAAGCUGUUAUGCCAUAUUGCCUUCAGUUAAUGUUGGCUUGCUUCAAGUUGAGAGCCUUUACAGACAAUCGAGAUGACCUUGCCUUGGGUCAUGUGAUUGUACUACUACAGCUGGACUGGCCUCGAGGAGAGAAUCUCUUUCUGAAAGCUAUUGACAAGAUCUGCCACCUGGGAUCCUUCCAAUAUGAGAACUUCUUUAAUUAUGUUACCAACAUUGAUAUGUUGGAAGAAUUUGCUUAUCUUAGAACUACGGAAGGUGGCAAAAUUCAUCUUGAACUGUUACCAAAUCAAGGCCUAUUAAUAAAGAAUUCUAGUCCUCCAUUGGGGGUACUUCCGCAGGAGUUCAAACUGCAGUCCAGCAUUCAGACAGCUGACAGGCAUCACACUGUAACUCGAGGUAUUACCAAGGGAGUGAAGGAGGAUUUCAGGUUGGCGAUGGAGAGACAGGUCUCCCGUUGUGCGGAAAAUUUAAUGGUAGUGUUGCAUAGAUUUUGCAUUAAUGAGAAGAUCAUAUUGCUCCAGACAUUGACAUAAGAGACACGGCAAAAGAAUUCCUGUCCCAUUUGAAAGCAGAGAAGGUACUCCUUACAGAGGAUGUGCAUCAGCGAAGUUGUAUGUUUCACUUGCACAUCUUAGUCAUGUGCAAUCCUUUGGACAGAAGGCAUCUGUUGCUGAUUCCUGAGCUUCACUGUUUCCUUAAGGAUAUAUCUGGUUUUGUCAGAGUGAAGCUGAAUUUCUGUAUUGUGUGCCAAGUUUGUUACUGUUUUAACUGGGUUUUACACAUAAUAUUUGACCCUACUUGAAUGGUCAAAAAAAAAAAUUUAAAGGACAAAUUCCUUCUAAUUCCAUUGUCAUUGGUAGAAAUCAUUAAUGUUUAGAUUUUUUUCUUAAAUUUUGUACAUUUUUAGACAGGUUUUGUGUACAUCAGGGUGAGAAAUCUGUGGGAAUAGAAAAUUUUGACUUAGCUUUGAGCACCAAUAUCAAAUGCUCCCAAGAUGCACACACCACACUGAAGCUCACCAUAGUUUGGUCCAACAGUUUACCUUAGCCUGUAGUCCUGUAGCUCAGUGGUUAGACCACUC